CACACACACACACUGGUUCUCGUUGUCAGAGGAGGAGCGACAUCAUCAACGUCUGGUUCCUUUCUGCUCGUCUCCCUGCUCCAGUGUGUCGACAGAGGUGAGAGUAACAUGGACCAAACUAAAGCAGCUCAUCCAGGUCGUUCCCAGCAGACGAGGUGUUGCACAGAUAUGAUUCGAGCCUGAGGAGGAGAUCCAAAAGCAGACAGUAUGGACACUCCGAAUUCCUCCCACCCCGCCAACAUCAGCGGCGGUGAUAACACCGGCCUCUUCUCUGGAAGCCCGUACUCGACGGUCGAGAUCGUCCUCAUCAUCCUGGUGGCCGGGUCUCUGAGUCUGGUCACCGUCAUCGGAAACAUCCUGGUCAUGCUCUCUAUAAAGGUGAACAGGAACCUGCAGACUGUCAACAACUACUUCCUGUUCAGCCUGGCGUGUGCAGACCUCAUUAUCGGCGUCUGCUCCAUGAACCUCUACACCGUCUACAUCGUGAUUGGCUACUGGCCCUUGGGAGCGGUGGUGUGCGACCUGUGGUUGGCCGUCGAUUACGUCGUCAGCAACGCCUCGGUCAUGAACCUGCUCAUCAUUAGCUUCGACCGCUACUUCUGUGUCACCAAACCGCUCAGCUACCCGGCGCGCCGCAGCACCAAGAUGGCGGGUCUGAUGAUCGCCGCGGCCUGGGUCUUGUCCUUCAUCCUGUGGGCUCCGGCCAUUUUGUUCUGGCAGUUCAUCGUGGGUGGGAGAACCGUGCGGGAGGGUGAGUGCUACAUCCAGUUCUUCUCUAACCCCGCGGUGACGUUCGGGACCGCCAUAGCAGCUUUCUACCUGCCGGUGGCCAUCAUGAUCUAUCUCUACUGGCGCAUCUCCAAGGCCAGCCGCAGCCGCGUGAGGAGGGACAGCAGGAAGCCCUCGGGGACCAGUCUGGGAGAGGGUCCCUCCGGCCAGGAGGACGGAUGUGAGGGCCACAACAGCAGCAUCACGACGAGAGAAGCUCAGGUGGAGGCUGGAAACGGGAAGGAGAAGGAGAUGUUGCAGCAGCAGAAUGGAAGCGGGCCGUGUCAGGAAGAAACAACCGACCAGGCGGACUCCACGGAAGACGGCAACCACGCUUCAACGUCCAAGGACGCCGCGGCCGCUGCAUCGCUUCGGAAAGGUUCAAAUAGUGCGAAAAAGAUCAAUCAAACACAGCCAGCUUCCCCGCAGAACUCAGCUGCCGACAGACAGAGUCUGACCACCAGGACGCUGUUUAAGAUGACGAAGCAGAGCGCCGUGGCCAAAUGGAAAAGGAAGGGCAUUUCUUCCAGGGAGAAGAAGGUGACGCGCACCAUCAUGGCCAUCCUGGUUGCUUUCGUGGCCACGUGGACGCCGUACAACGUGAUGGUCCUGAUCAACACCUUCUGCUCCAGCUGCAUCCCGAACUCCCUCUGGACCAUCGGCUACUGGCUCUGCUACAUCAACAGCACCAUCAACCCGGCCUGCUACGCCCUCUGCAACGCCACCUUCAAGAACACCUUCAAGCACCUGCUGCUGUGCCAGUACAAGAACAUACGCACGGCACGAUGAGCGCCGAAGUACCGACUCGUGUUGGUGGCCGAAGUACCGACUGGUGUUGGUGACGCAGUCAGAAUAAUGUGAAUAAUCUUGUAAACUGAGAUGACACGAAUAUUGUUAAAAUGUAGAGUAGGUGUGUUCUUAUCGUGCACUUGGUUUCUCUUUCAAUGGUUAAACGUAUUCCGACUGCCAGUGAAAGAGAAACUGUGUUUUACAUUUAUAAAUGUACCACAUACUUAACUUUUAAUGAUUUUUAAAUACAUGCCAUCGUGUUAUAAUUCUCAUUCUGGGGAGAAUGUGGUUUAUUGUGAAAAAGUGUCCGUUGGGGUUUUUACUUUGAAAGGAUAGUUUCCUCUUUGCUCCUCCGACACAAGCGCGUGCGGUAUGUUGUUUGAUAUGCAACCUCUUUUUACCCCGACAGUAAAACUGUGGUUGAUGUGAUGGUUUAGUGACCAAAACAGUGUUUUUAAAAAAAAACUAGAAUAAAAGUAUAAGUCUAGUCCAGGGGUCAGAGGUCAGGGGUCAGGGGUCAGCAACCUUUACUAUCAAAAGAGACACUGGAGCCGCAAAA